AUGCGGGAUAGAAAGUUUCCCAAGUUUCUCGUUCCCGAUGGGAAGAGUCAACUCGAAUGGAACAAAAUCUACGUCGAGGAGUUACGGCAGGCCGUCAACGUCCUCAUGCAGAAUUUGGAAUCGAUGCCAGUCACGAAACGAUUGGAAAACGCAACGUACGGAGCUCGGGCACUUCAAAACAUGUCCGGAGUGGUGAAGCCUUUGUCGAGAAUCGACAAAGUCAGCGAAACGGACGACUCUACUUUGGCCAAGAGCCAUAUUAGCUUGAUGUUCACGAUAGAACUUGUCGUCCAGGAAGUGACAAAUAUCAAAAACGCCGAUGCCAAGCGCAAAGUGUACUGCACGAUGGAAAUGGACGGUGGCGAGAAAAUGGCGACAGAUGCGGUUCCCUCUACCGGAGCAAAAUGGGAUUGCCAAGCCGAUUUUCGCUCGAACCAGAUUCGGCCUUGUCUGAAAGUCAAAUUGUUUCAAAAGUCGAAGAACAAGCUGGCGAUUGAGGACAAAGAACUGGGUCGCGUUUUGAUCAAGCCUUUGCCAAACACGCCGACUUGUACGGAGUGGUACACGAUGUAUACAGGUCAAAAGAAUAAACCCGAAGCAGAUUGCGCUAGAAUACGACUUGGUAUUCGAAUCGACAAGCCUGCGAAUCUGAAACACUGUGGAUAUCUCUACGCUCAAGGAAAACAAGCUUGGAAGAAGUGGAAGAUGCGCUUUUUCGCUCUUGUCCAAGUUUCGCAGUACACAUUCGCCAUGUGUUCUUUUCAAGAAAGAAAGACAGAGCCUCAUGAAAUGGUCCAGCUGGAUGGAUUCACCGUAGAUUACAGUCUUCCAGAGCCAGGUCUUGAAGGAGGAAAUGUCUUUUUCAACGCGAUGAAGGAGUCGGAUUCGAUUAUCUUUUCUUGCCAAGACGACGAAGACCGCAAUUUAUGGGUUCAAGCAAUUUACCGCGCAACUGGACAGAGCUAUAAACCACAAAUCCCUUCCAAUAAUACGCCAAAGUUGAGACCCACAUCGAUCGAGGCAAUUUCCACCUCAAACGCGGCUACAACAAAUAGUUCAAGUUCAAGCAAAACGCUUCCGAAGAAUCCAUAUCUAGACGAGUUUAUUCAAAUUGAUCCGACUUCUUGCGAUCAAACGCUGCUUUUUGAAGAUCUUCUCCGGGAAACACUCAGGCAUCGGUUAAAUGACCAGUAUGCAUGUUUGGGAUGGCUCAGCCCUGGCCAACUUUUCCUCAUGGACGAAUACUGCGCUCGCUACGGCGUACGCGGCGUAAUUCGCCAAAUCCUGUAUCUGAACGAGCUACUGGAUCACGCGGAAAAGGGAUCAAUGAUUGACCCAACACUGCUGCAUUACUGCUACGCGUACAUUUCUUCCCACAACUUUGGCAACAGCCCUGAAGGAUACCAAACAGUCACGGUCAACGAAAUGGCGCAGUUCUACUCUGUCAGGGAGCGACUUCAGGCAUACUUGGAAUCUCAACUUGCGAACAUUCGAUAUUCAUUCCCAUUCGGCAGACCUGAGGGAGCACUGAAAGCGACUCUCUCCCUUCUGGAACGGGUUUUGAUGAACGACCUUUCAACCCAAGUCCCCGUGGAAGAAAUCAAAGGAAUCGUGACGGCGAAUUUGGAGAAAGCGGCGAAGUUGAAUUUUGCCCAAGUCCAACAGGAAUCACGCCUGGAGGCAGUUCUACAAGAAGGGAACAAGAUCUUAGAUUAUGACGUGAUCCUUUCCACCCCCGAAAAACGACUAGACGAGCUUGUUCAUCUUGCUGAGUUGUGUAUAGAAGUUCAUCAGCAAAAUGAAGAGUACCAUGCCGAGGGUCGCGAAGCAUUCACGUGGUUUCCGAUGGCAAUGCGAGACCAUAAUGAGCUUUUUUGGUUUCAAUUUUCGGUCGAGAUGGAUUUGAUCCUCGAAGCACAGCCUUCCGAUUGCUGGGACUCGUUUCCGCUUUUCCAGCUUCUGAAUGAUUUCUUUGCUUCAUCCGGUCACGUGCUGUUCAAAGGAAGAUUUCACAAGCAUCUCAUGGAUGUCUACGCGCCAAUGGUCAUUCGCUACAUAGAUCUAAUGGAAACUUCCAUCGCCCAGGCAGUUUAUCGGGGCCUUGAAAAUGAAACCUGGCAGCCUUGUCAAUACGGUUCUCAGACUACGGACGAUGUUUUAUGGAAGCUCGACGCGUUGCAAACCUUCAUUUUCGAUUUACACUGGCCUGAAGACGUUUUCGCGACGCAUUUGCAGAGUCGGCUGAAGGUCAUGGCGAAUGACAUGAUUCACUCGAUUAUAAAUAAUAUUUUGGAGAAGAUGGAGGUCUCUGGAAGAAAUUUGUCGAAAUCAUCGACAAUGCGAAUUCCAAUUUCCAUCAUCGUCAUGUUAAAUUCCGUCAACGACUGCCAAAAGCGCUUUCUCAAGCUUUGCGGCUCGACAGAAGCGAUGGUCAGUAGUGGAAUGAAGGGAAUCGACACGGAUGAAACGAUGGUUGACCUUGAAAACUGCCAGAAAAAUGCGGUUGGGACGAUUAUUGAAAGUCUGAUGAGAGUGAUGGAGACGACGCUGAAUAAACUUGGCAGAUAUGAUGAAGGGUCGUUGACCAAGACUUUCCUGAGCUUUACGAAGCCGAGUAUGGAUACGGCAAAUUCAUUUAUUCAGUUCAUUCGUCAAAAUCAAGACAUCAUCAGAGAAAAAAUCAACGAUGAAGAUGUCGUCGAAGAGUUUUUCAGCGAAUGGUACACAGCCUACCUCAAAGCCCUGAACGAGUGGCUCAAGACUCGCGCGGGCACUUCCCUAAAUGUGCACCAGCUCAAGUCGCUGAUAAAAAUAUUUAAAAAGAUGACAAAAGACUUCGAGCUCCAAGGAGUCCUCAAUGUUCGCGACGAGCCUUAUGGAAAUAUUGCUAAUCGCCUGAAAGUCGAAGAAGCAACAGCUUCCGUUACCCAAGGACCUUUGGGUGAAGGAGUUUCGAUGGAGGAUUCUGACGGAGAAGGAAGCUAG